CGCGCCCCGUCCCGUUCCGUUCGGCGAGGCUUUGUGCGAGAGGACCUCUGCUACCGAGUGCGUGUUGCCGUCGCCGUCCCGCUGCUGCUCGCGGAGCCCUCUCCUUUCAUCCGCUGCUCCUCUCGCCGAAUCUCCACACCAUGUUCGCCGUGCUCGCGCUGGUGCUGGCGGGGCUCGCCUCCACUCAGGCUUACACCUGUAUGCUUUGUGGCCCAAUCCCGGGAAAGGAUUACUGCUGCUACGAUUACAAUGACAACCACUACUGCUGUUCUCAAGAGGAGUACUUCAAGGGUGGCUUCUUGGACCAGCAAACUAUGAUCAUCCUGAUUGCGGUUGGGGUGGUUGUCCUGGUUGCGACGGUGCUCUUCAUCUGCUGCUGUUGCUGCUCAUGCUGCCCCUGCUACAGACGGCGCCGCCAAGGUGCUGUGUACAACAGCGUCACUCUACCCCCUGCAUACAAUCUUAGUUCGCCAACCUACUACCCUGCACAAUAUCCUGCACAACAUCCUUCCAACCCAUAUAUUGCUCCUAAUGCAUCUGCUCCUGUCUACCCCACCCUACCUGUUGCCAAGCCUUAGAGAUGUUGACAACAUUUCUGUGUUCUAAAGCACAAAAAAAUAUUUUCUCUUUCUUUCUGAAAUUGGAACAAAGUGCCAAAGCCUUUUCUCCUUAAUUGUAUACUUUUAGUUUCGAUAUCUGAUUUUUUUUCCAAUGUGAUAUUAUUUACCUAAUUUAUGAAUAUCAUCUUGUGUACUUAUUUAACUGAUGCCAUAAUGAAAGUUGAGCAGGGGUAGGCUCAUUAAGAAAAAAAAAAGCUAUAACUGUACUUUGGUUUCAACCUUCUUUUAAAGCCAUAAAUUAUUUUUAUUUUUAUUUAAAUAGUUUCUAUUUUAUGUAUUGCAGUGAUAAUGGCAACUUCUUAUGUUAAAUAUUCUCAUCAUGCUGCCCAGUCUUGGUCUGAAGACUGCACAUGACAAUACUUAAGUUUCAUUUGUUGUGCACCAAUUUAAAGUAAGUGUACCGUAUUUUAGAAUCGGAGUAGACCCUUACAACCCUAGAGUGGUAUGUUUUACUUUAGGACUUAUUUUUUAUGUGUGUUCUUGCAAGUGCUUUAUGCUUAUAAGCUUUCUGUUGGAUUGUAUUACUUCAGUGUCAAUGACGAGACUACAGCUUUCAUUCAUAAAUUUACGCAUAUUCUGUACGGAUGUAAAAUUGUUUUCUAUUUUUGAAUGGGAUUACUGUAUUAAUUCCUCACAAAAGUAUUUAGAAGUUUGUCAGCUUUGUGUUACCUGUAGCAUCUCUGUGACUUCAAAAACUUGUUAGAUUGUUCUAUUCAUGUUCAUGUCCAAUUCAUUCCUUGUAGGUUUUAGAAUUGAUAUUAUAUUUCUCAUGACUCAAAGCUCUUUGCACAUGGCAUGACAGCCAACCUCGGCCCAGCGAGAAUUGUCAGGUUAAAUUCAGAGGUUGAAGUCAAAUUUGAGUUGAAUAUUUACCAGUAACUUUCUGGGUAAAGACAUCUUUGCCAUAUUACUUGUGUUGUGCAUUUCUGACUGAGAUCUGAUUAUAGCUUUAAUGUGUUAUGCAAUGGUCCAACAAAAACAAAUUUAUGUGAUGAGGCUUUUGUGAACAAAUAUCUACAGCAAGGAUUAAUUUCUAUUUUCCCAAUAGUUUGGGUUAAAGUGAGUCUUGUUUUUUUUUUUCUUGCUGGGUCAGGUGCGGAUACAGGGGGAGGGGGCAAUGGGGUUUUUGGCCCCCCACCCAUAGCCCCUAGAUAGCCGCCUGAAAGGUUCGCAAAAAGUGCUACUUUGCCCCUGUAAGUAGGCAAAAAGUGCUACUUUGCCCCUGUAAGUAGGCAAAAAGUGCUACUUUGCCACUUUCCCCUCAAAGGCCGCCCCUGGAUCCGCCACUGUGCUGGGCACUACUUGUUUUCCACCCUAGCUACCCUGUUCUCCUUAUGGUGAGACUGUUGGAUUCUUAGACAUCUUAAGAUCUUAAUUACUUUACCGAAAAAAAAUGUAUGCACAACUGCAUUGCACAUUAAAGACCAUCUCAAUAAUGUAAUUGAAGAGCAGUGAGUCAAUUAUGACUCGAUCUCCAUUCUCACACCAGCUCAAUGUGUAAUAAAUUUAAGACCUCUAGAGCAAAGUCUGAUUUUCUUUUCAUUUUGUUACAAAUUUUCUAUUUUCAGACUAUUUGACUCUGUAAAAAUCUUUCUACUGCCUGUACCUCAAUUUUGUGUGAAGUUUGUGCAUUAGAAAAUGUGUUAGCAAAUUGUAUUGCAUUCUAUGGGCAGCAAUAAAACAAUGAUUCACAAUGACUAA